UAGUUUCAAAGCUCAGCAAGGAAAUGUUCUGGAUCCCGCAUUUCCCAAGAGCGUGGAGCCACCAUUCGACGUCCUCAGCGCUAAUCCACCUUACAUACCCUGGAAAGAAUACCUUGACCUUCCUCCUUCCGUCUUGCGAUACGAGGAUCCAAGGGCGCUUUUUGGUGGUCCCUCAGGUCUUGAAUUCUAUCAUGCCAUCGCCGGCAUGGUCUCGCGCCCAGGCUUUCUCAAAACCGACGCUGUUGUGGCACUCGAAGUGGGACACGAGCAGGCCGAAAAGGUGGAAGAUAUUCUGCUCGAUGUUGGCGCAAUCCAGCGAACAGAGAUAUGGAAUGAUCCUUGGGGAAAAGCACGUACGGUCCUCGGAUGGCGAACGUAAUUUAAACUCAGCUAGCAUAAAAUGUCGUCCAGUAACCCCAUCGUACCUUUGGAGCCUAACAGUCUCUACAUUGCCACCAAUCAGCUCAUAAAUCAUCUCGCCAGAUUCCACUGGGCCUUUUACAAGACAGACGAAAACGGCAAGGCUACCACGUACGAGUGGACAGAACUACCUCCUCGUUCCGACAGAUUUGAGGGCGUAACAGUCACGAAUUACACUAAAAAGCUGUCGGUGAUCUUUGCCUUCAUGAAAGUCAAAGGCAUGAAGACGAUGCUUGACCAAGAAAAGAUGGCGAUGCAAGUCUUUACAGGCCCGAAUCGCUUAGGAUUCACCUCACUACUAGAGAACCGCUAGGCCGGCAUGUCAUGUAGGGCCUGGUUGAAGAGUAUGUUGGCCAUGUUGGUGGAGAAGAGUUAUUUGGAUCGUAGCCAGAGUCCGCAGUGGUUUGAGGAUGAGAUAACGAAAGUCAGCGUUGAUCUGGAAAUGCAGUUGGCGGAGGGAAGAGGGCAGGACAGGUCGUUCAUUGGAGAAAUUUAGGGGCUUGAGAAGAAAAGUCUGCCUUGAACAUCGGUGAAUCAUUCGUUUGCAGUUCACUGUAAAUAUCUCCAUCGAUUUGUCAAUCAAUCCCAUCCCUUCUCAUC